UGAGCUGUCAACCUAACGCGUGUCGUCCAUGUUCCGAGUGUGGUGUGACUUAUUUUUAUUUUGUGUUAAUUUUCAAUGCCUUGUAAUAAAUGUGAAAUGCAACAGCAUGUGUCAUCCCAUAUAGUGGAACCUUGCUCCGGCUGAAUGGAUCCCGCCGUCGCGUGGUAUCAGCCCGAGCAGGAAGGACCCGCGAAGCGCCUGUGGCUUCGUAUCUGGGAAACUCAAAGUGAAAUAGACAAAAUGAAUUUGAAAAACUUAGAAAACUCUAAUCCAAAUGUGAAUAAAGCGCAAGACUUUAUACCAAUAAAUGAUGUGAAUGGUGAAAGUAGAAAUAAUAAUUAUUUUAAUCCCGCGCGGAGGAAAGUGAACGAUAACCGCGCAUCGACUUUUAACCUGAACAAAAACCACGAUGCUCUCAUAGGUGAAUACGGUGGGUGUCCGUGGCGGAUACCUAAUUACAAAUAUAAGCCCGGGAUAUUGGGGCUACACGAAGAAAUCGAGCACUUCUACACAUACAUGUCGCCAACGGAGACCGAACACCUCGUCCGUUCUACGGUCGUGAACAGGAUCCGUGGCGCCAUCCUGACGCUCUGGCCGCAGGCCAGGGUUGAAGUGUUCGGUUCCUUCCGUACCGGCCUCUAUCUGCCCACGAGCGACAUUGAUCUGGUGGUUAUAGGUCAAUGGGAGAAACUGCCGCUAUGGACGCUAGAGCGAGAGCUGGUCACACAGGACAUAGCAGAGAAGGAGAGCAUCAAGGUCCUCGAGAAGGCCACUGUUCCCAUCGUGAAGAUGACUGACAAAUACUCCGACGUUAAGGUGGACAUAUCGUUUAACAUGAGCAGCGGCGUGAAGAGUGCAGAGCUUAUCAAGCAGUUUAAGGAUAAAUACCCAGUCCUAACACGCCUCGUAAUGGUUCUCAAGCAGUUCCUCCUCCAACGCGACCUGAACGAGGUCUUCACCGGCGGCAUAUCUUCCUACUCUCUCAUACUCAUGUGCAUCAGCUUCCUGCAGCUCCAUCCUCGCCCUGAAAGACUGAGACAGCAACAUAAUCUAGGCGUGCUCUUAAUAGAGUUCUUCGAACUGUACGGAAGAAAGUUUAACUACGUGAAAACGGCUAUAAGAGUGAAGAAUGGGGGGUCGUAUGUGUCGAAGGAUGAGAUACAGAAGGAUAUGAAUGAUGGGCAUAGGCCUUCGUUAUUAUGUAUAGAGGAUCCUUUGACGCCGGGGAAUGAUAUCGGGAGGUCGAGUUACGGAGCGAUACAGGUUAAACAGGCCUUCGACUAUGGCUACAUAAUCCUUCAACAAGCCGUGGCCCCACACAACGUGCUCCUAGCGCGACACAGCGCGCUCGGUCGCAUAGUACGCGUCACAGACCACGUGCUGCAAUACAGACGAUGGGUCCGAGAUACUUUCGAGCCGUUCUUCUUUCCCCAUCGGGCGCCGCCGGCUGCGGUGUCUAGCGAGCCGUCACCUCCGCCGAGCGAUAGCGAACCUGAGUGGUCGGACAGCUCGGCGCGCGCGUCGCCGGCGGGCGCGCGCACGUCGCCGCCGCCGCUGUCCGCGCUGCAGUGCUCCUCGCCCACCCCCAGGCGGGUGUCCGCGCACCAGAGCCUCAUCAUACAUCACAUCACCAGCAACUCCGACUUCAACAACAUACCCUCAGGUAACACGCGCACGUCGCCGCCGCCGCUGUCCGCGCUGCAGUGCUCCUCGCCCACCCCCAGGCGGGUGUCCGCGCACCAGAGCCUCAUCAUACAUCACAUCACCAGCAACUCCGACUUCAACAACAUACCCUCAGGUAACACGCGCACGUCGCCGCCGCCGCUGUCCGCGCUGCAGUGCUCCUCGCCCACCCCCAGGCGGGUGUCCGCGCACCAGAGCCUCAUCAUACAUCACAUCACCAGCAACUCCGACUUCAACAACAUACCCUCAGGUAACACGCGCACGUCGCCGCCGCCGCUGUCCGCGCUGCAGUGCUCCUCGCCCACCCCCAGGCGGGUGUCCGCGCACCAGAGCCUCAUCAUACAUCACAUCACCAGCAACUCCGACUUCAACAACAUACCCUCAGGUAACACGCGCACGUCGCCGCCGCCGCUGUCCGCGCUGCAGUGCUCCUCGCCCACCCCCAGGCGGGUGUCCGCGCACCAGAGCCUCAUCAUACAUCACAUCACCAGCAACUCCGACUUCAACAACAUACCCUCAGGUAACACGCGCACGUCGCCGCCGCCGCUGUCCGCGCUGCAGUGCUCCUCGCCCACCCCCAGGCGGGUGUCCGCGCACCAGAGCCUCAUCAUACAUCACAUCACCAGCAACUCCGACUUCAACAACAUACCCUCAGGUAACACGCGCACGUCGCCGCCGCCGCUGUCCGCGCUGCAGUGCUCCUCGCCCACCCCCAGGCGGGUGUCCGCGCACCAGAGCCUCAUCAUACAUCACAUCACCAGCAACUCCGACUUCAACAACAUACCCUCAGGUAACACGCGCACGUCGCCGCCGCCGCUGUCCGCGCUGCAGUGCUCCUCGCCCACCCCCAGGCGGGUGUCCGCGCACCAGAGCCUCAUCAUACAUCACAUCACCAGCAACUCCGACUUCAACAACAUACCCUCAGGUAACACGCGCACGUCGCCGCCGCCGCUGUCCGCGCUGCAGUGCUCCUCGCCCACCCCCAGGCGGGUGUCCGCGCACCAGAGCCUCAUCAUACAUCACAUCACCAGCAACUCCGACUUCAACAACAUACCCUCAGGUAACACGCGCACGUCGCCGCCGCCGCUGUCCGCGCUGCAGUGCUCCUCGCCCACCCCCAGGCGGGUGUCCGCGCACCAGAGCCUCAUCAUACAUCACAUCACCAGCAACUCCGACUUCAACAACAUACCCUCAGGUAACACGCGCACGUCGCCGCCGCCGCUGUCCGCGCUGCAGUGCUCCUCGCCCACCCCCAGGCGGGUGUCCGCGCACCAGAGCCUCAUCAUACAUCACAUCACCAGCAACUCCGACUUCAACAACAUACCCUCAGGUAACACGCGCACGUCGCCGCCGCCGCUGUCCGCGCUGCAGUGCUCCUCGCCCACCCCCAGGCGGGUGUCCGCGCACCAGAGCCUCAUCAUACAUCACAUCACCAGCAACUCCGACUUCAACAACAUACCCUCAGGUAACACGCGCACGUCGCCGCCGCCGCUGUCCGCGCUGCAGUGCUCCUCGCCCACCCCCAGGCGGGUGUCCGCGCACCAGAGCCUCAUCAUACAUCACAUCACCAGCAACUCCGACUUCAACAACAUACCCUCAGGUAACACGCGCACGUCGCCGCCGCCGCUGUCCGCGCUGCAGUGCUCCUCGCCCACCCCCAGGCGGGUGUCCGCGCACCAGAGCCUCAUCAUACAUCACAUCACCAGCAACUCCGACUUCAACAACAUACCCUCAGGUAACACGCGCACGUCGCCGCCGCCGCUGUCCGCGCUGCAGUGCUCCUCGCCCACCCCCAGGCGGGUGUCCGCGCACCAGAGCCUCAUCAUACAUCACAUCACCAGCAACUCCGACUUCAACAACAUACCCUCAGGUAACACGCGCACGUCGCCGCCGCCGCUGUCCGCGCUGCAGUGCUCCUCGCCCACCCCCAGGCGGGUGUCCGCGCACCAGAGCCUCAUCAUACAUCACAUCACCAGCAACUCCGACUUCAACAACAUACCCUCAGGUAACACGCGCACGUCGCCGCCGCCGCUGUCCGCGCUGCAGUGCUCCUCGCCCACCCCCAGGCGGGUGUCCGCGCACCAGAGCCUCAUCAUACAUCACAUCACCAGCAACUCCGACUUCAACAACAUACCCUCAGGUAACACGCGCACGUCGCCGCCGCCGCUGUCCGCGCUGCAGUGCUCCUCGCCCACCCCCAGGCGGGUGUCCGCGCACCAGAGCCUCAUCAUACAUCACAUCACCAGCAACUCCGACUUCAACAACAUACCCUCAGGAGUAAUGCAACAACGCUACUCUAACGACAGCGCGCCAAAGAACCGCAAUCGCUCCUUCUCAUCCAAACAACGGCGCUACUCCUCCCCGCCCGCCAACCCGCGCCGCACGGGCGGCGGCGGAGGCGGUGGCGGCGGCGGCGGCGGCGGCGGGGGCGGCGACGGGCGCGGCAGCAAGAAGCGCCGCCAGUUCGCGCCGCAGCCGCAGCGAUGAUAUACGGCCGGCGUGUAGGUGAUGCGUGUUCACGGACGUGUUCAAAAUAUUUAAGUGUCAUUGUAUGUGUACGGUCUUAAGUGACGAGUAUUUGGCGGGGCGUGCAGCGUUGCGUCGAACGUCUAAGCGAUUUCGACACUAACGUAGACGUUUACGCUGAUCACCCCGUCGAAUGUGUACUAAAUUUGUACACUGACGUCGGUAUUGCGCACCGAUCACCUUGAUAUAAGAGUUUAUAUAUAGAUAUGCUCUUAUAUAGGGGUGAUUGUAUUAUAAUCCUGUUCGCCCCGCCGGCGAUGCGAGCCAUAGUUGCAGCGUACACAAUCAGCGUGUAGGUUAUUAACAGAUGAAUGGUUGAGAUGUGUUUGAUAUGGACGUAUCGAAAAAAAUUACAAAGCCUAAAGCUUUUUAAUGUCACAGUGUGUGUCAGGACGUUAGAAAAACAAACUAACCUUAGGUCUCUUAUACUAACCAGGCACGACUUUACGCGGUAGCAGCAAGCUAUAGUCACGAGUGGUACCGCCGUAAGCCGAGUCGUGUCUUUUAAUUCACGUAGAUUGUCAGUCGCCGCUUGCCGCUCUCGCUACCGCUCGAUAUCGAGGCCAAGCGAGUCUGUAGCGCCGUGAAUCGUUCUAAAUUGUUACGUAUAAGCGUUCCUGAAAAAUAUUCAUGUUUUUUUUAAGUAACGCAAUGCGUCUACAAGGUAUAACAAAAAUAGUCGGGACCCGUUUAAGGGCAUACCUAGUAUCGUGUUAUAAUUAAGAAAAAGUAAAAGAAUUUUUUUUGAAGUGAAAUAUUUUUGGCCUUUGUAUAGAAGGUGGCCGACUUAGGCGACGGCCCCAUAGAAAAAAAUAAUUUCCCGUCAAUUUUUUUUUCUUCUUAUCCCUAAUAAGAACAUCGAUUAUGCUAUUAAACGUAUCCCCACUAUUUUUGUUGCACCUUGUACAUUAGAGAGGCAUUUAAGGUUAUACUGUUG